CUCUUUACUACUCUAUAUUUGAUUCCAAGGUAUAUCUACAAUGGCCACUACAGACUUCCUCUCAGGACACCCGGGACACCUCUCAGAGGCCCAGCAAUCCACCCUCGAAGCCUUCCGAACAGAGCUUCUCUCCUCUGGCCUCAUCCCCGCCGACGCCGACAAGGAAGCCUUCGUGCAGCGUAUCGGCUAUGACCGUUUCGAUGACCAGACUCUCUUGAGAUUCUUGAGGGCGCGCAAGUUUGAUAUCCCCAAGGCCAAGAUCAUGUGGGAGGCGAAUGAAAAGUGGAGGAAAGAGUUUGGCGCGGACGACAUUGCUGCCAACGGCUUUGACUAUCCCGAAUACGAAAAAGUCGCGCAAUACUACCCGCAGUACUACCACAAGUCCGACAGGGAGGGUCGUCCCGUCUACAUCGAGCAGCUCGGCAAGCUCGACAUCCCCAAGCUCUACGCGCUCACCACCCAGGAGAGACAGCUCAAGCGACUUGUUUCAGAGUAUGAAAAGUUCCUCAGGGACCGAUGCCCUGCCUGUUCCGAGGAGAUUGGACACCUUGUAGAGACUAGUUGUACUAUUUUGGACUUGUACAAUGCUGGUAUCUCUAGCUUCUACAAGGUCAAGGACUAUGUUUCUGCAGCCUCUACCAUUGGCCAAAACAACUACCCCGAGACAAUGGGCCACAUGUUCAUCAUCAACGCCCCUUACCUCUUUUCCACCGUCUGGUCCCUCAUCAAACCCUGGCUGGACGAAGCUACCGUUCGUAAAAUCCAUAUCCUCGGUAAAUCCUACAAGGCCGAGUUGCAAGAGUACAUUUCUGCGGAGAACUUGCCAGUCGAGUUGGGGGGCACGUGUAAAUGUCCUGGGGGGUGUAACUUGAGUGAUGCCGGGCCUUGGAAUAAGGCUGCGGAGGGUGCUUAAGGUUGAGGAAUGAAUUGAUUUUUUUUCAGGAGUGGAUGGAUGGAAGGGGAAAAAGGGGACAUUUUAUUGCUGUAAAAAGGGCGUGGAACAAGACGACAAGAGACUGGAUGGGACUGGGGAUAUAGAUUUGGAUGGCGGAGGACAUAAAUUUCAUACCCGUGGUUCAACACACAAGAUAUUAAAUCGGUGCUCGGAGCGAGCGGCGGCGAAUGAAGGGGUUGGGAGGGUUGGAGGGAUUUGUCGUUGGGAAAGAAAAAAAAGAGCUCAACCUUUUGGGUAGUAGCGGGGAUGGCGGAUUAGAGAUUACAGAUAUCUACAUACGGUUAGAUGAGUCUUUCCCGAGAAAUCUGUGCUUCAAAUUUUAAAGCUUUCGGUAUCUCUUUUCCAUCGUCACUAUACUUCAUAUAUGUACGGUGAUAGAAGCUUGCACGUAUACAC